UCAAAGGCUUGGCUGGUGCGCUGUGAAUUACACGCCUAGCUAGGUAGGUUAGCUUAUCUAACUUACAGAGCAGAAUUGUACAAGUUAGCUAUUCGAGUCUUAAGUUGUAGAGAGAGGCAGCCUGGAUUUCAGCCUAUCUGUACCCGCUGAUAUAAGCAGAGCAAGUAGCCUUUCAGCAGGUGAUCAGAUGGCCACUGUCCGGACCUACAGCCCGAGCGUGCGGGUGGGAAACUGGAGGGAAGACGUGUCUCUGGACGAGGACAGUCUGAAGGAUUUCCUCCAUCGGAAAGACAGAGGGGAGCUUACGCUUCAGAAGACCACCGUACUGAGACAAAACAUCCUGAAACCAAUGAAGCUGUCUGUGUCGCGAGAUGGCUUUUUGCGCUUUGGAGACACGAUAACGCUGGUAAACUCUGGAGGAACAAGUCUUGGCCUACGUGACCCCUGUAGCCUUAGCAUCAUUGCUGACCUCAGUAAUAUGUGCUCACAUCCACAAACAAACUCUGACCCAUAUCUCCAGGGACCCUGCCAAGUGGGCGGGGCCAACAGCUUAAAGUCGUGUGUACGGAACACCUUCGUCAUUACCUGCGUGGAUGGAACACCAGAUGGAGACGUACUGAGAUAUGAUCAAAGCUUUGGCCUGAGAACUACUUCAGGUUUUGGUGGAGAGCUUUAUUUGGCCAGUGACCACAGAACAUUCCAGAAGUGUGCUAAAAAGUCCCGACUACAAGAAGUGAGCUUAGUGGAGCAGUGUGACUUCCAGUGUUGGUGGAGAGUGGUUUACUUUGACCCACAGGAACGCCUGGAACAUGAAGGCUACCCUGUACAGGUGAACUGCAAGGUGCUGAUCUCCCACUGUAAAACCAACCAAUGUCUGGCUGCACUGGCGAAUCAUGUGCUCUGGACUCCAUUUGGUAAAGAGUAUGAGCUCACAGCUCACACCUUCCUGGACUCCCACAAGGCAGAACAGGACAGUAACCACUGGCUAUUUGUCACUGCUGACCCAGGCCAUGAGGGACAAAGCCUACUGCAGCAGCAACAAGUGUCAACCAUCACUAAUGAGAAUGGGUCACAUCCAAAAGCCAUCACAGACACACCAGGAGAAUCAGAAAGAUAAUACAGACACAGAGGAUGGAGUGGAAAGGGUACAGUAGAGUUUCAGCCUUUGAAUAAAAUAUUUUGAAGAUUUUUUUACCUUUAUUUUCAAUUCUUAAAGUUCAUAAACUGUCAACAUCUGAACAUCAUCCUGUUAAGCCACAAAUAAUCCAAUGCAAAUAUAAAGGGGAAACCCACCCUUACUUGCCAGCCUGCUGAGAAUACAUGCUUAAAUUGGCCACAUUUGGUCCAAAAGACCACACUGGACAAUGAAAAAGUGUCAGAUUCCUCUCUCUGGAUAUGCCUACAACAGUUGCUACAGCCCCCUGCUGAUCAGUAUAGGUCGAUACACACAAAGCUUAAGAUCAUACAGUGACUGCUUUUACUUGAUAGACAGACUGUAAAAUACAGCUGGUUCUCAGGACUAUCACCUAAAACAGUCUAUAAUUUAUUAAUUAUGGGCACAUGGAGAAUCAUUUUUACCUUUUUUAAAAUAAACGAGUUUGAUAUAGUAAGUUUACAUUGACAGAAUUUAAUUUUAGCCCCAACCAUUCACAUUAAAGUUAUAAGGGGUGUUUCAGCCUGAACUGCUUUUUAAAUGUGGCACAAUACAGGACAGUCAAUCAGAACAGAGGCAAUUUACAUAUGCCAGUCUUAAAGGCACAGUAACUAGAACAGCCAGUUUUAUUCUAAGGGAUUAAUAAAGGACUGAAAAGUGGGGAAAAAACAAGAAAAAUUUAGGAUAUAGGCCCUUUCAAGUGAAAGAAAUGUUUUGCACCACAUAUAAAUGUGUAAAUUCUAGAAAAUGUAGAGGACAUUAAAGUAGUUUUUUUCAUUCUUGGAAAACGUCA